AUGCCCACCACCUUCGACGACCUCUCGCACGACGACCUCGUCGCCAUUGGCGAGGCGCUGCCGCCACUGUCUGGCCGAUGGCGUCUCAGAGGAACGUGCCGGAGAGUCCGUGCCGUCUUCAACGAUCCGAUCGCUGGACUGCUGCUGCCGCCGCCAACCCUCAUCACAGAGGCCGUGACCAGAGGUCCGACGCAGGCAGAGGUCUCCAAGUACGGACCUGCGGGAGUGUCGUGGCCCGAAACUGCCAAGCUCAUCUCGAUACAGUGGGCCAAAGGCAUCCAGCCCGCUCAAGCGCCAGAGGAGGUCGGCAGCUACCCGGUUGGCGUCACAAUCUGGAGGUCGCUGCGCGAGCCCCAGCUACGCCGCGUGCUGCGGCAGGUCCGCUCGCUGGCCGAGGGCUCAGAGCGCAGCCCCGAGUGGCGCGUGCAGGUGCCCACGCGUCCGUAUGAGCCCGCGCGCUUCGACAUCUUUUUCAAGAUUGCGUGGGAGGCGUUGCCGAAGCUCGCCGAGCGCCUCAUGACCAAAGUGGCGUCGGCGACCUUUGCCUUCCGCGCGCCCGCCGACGACAAGCUGGACGCGGCCGCGCCGGCGCCGCGGCUGCCGCGGCUGGUGGCGCUCGUGCAGCAGGAGCUCCGCAUGAGCUGCGAGUCCGAGGGCGCGCGCGUGAAUGCGGCGCUCGACGAGGCGAUGCGGGACUACGAGAGCUCCGCCACCAAAACGGUGCACGUGCUCAGGCAGCUUGAGCGCCUGCUGAUCCACGCGCGGCUGAGCGAGGUCCGCACCGAGGUGCUCGGGCGCGUGCUGGCGACGAAGCGGCGCGUGCUCGUCGAGCGGCUGAAGCACCAUCUUGCGGCGCUCCAGGAGGAGGCAGCAGCCGAGGCGCGGCGCGGCCCGCUCGCGCUGCUGAUCGCGCGCUGCGACGCUCUGCGCGAGACGGUGGACGAGUGCCGCGCCCUCGCGGAUGACGGGGCCAUGCUGGACUAUCAGCUCCACGCCGGCGAGCCCAUCGACUUCGAGGACUUCGAGCUCGACGCCGAUGUGACGCGUCUUCGCGCGGCGCUGCACUUGCGCGCGCGGCGCCUCGAGAGCGCGGCGGACCUGCGUCAGCAGGCCGAACGCAUCAGCUUGCUCUCGCAGCAGCUCGCGAAUGGGCUGGCGCUGCACGAGCGAGAAUUCGAGGACGACAGUGGCGCCGACGGCGGCCUGCUCGAGCCGCUCAAGAGCACCGAGGGUUUCGCCGGGCUGGUCAAGACCGCGUUACUGGAGCUGGGCAACCGUGUCUACGGUUGGCUCUCGGGCCCAAAGCACCGUGUAGACCUCGGCUUUCGCGCGAGGGGCGACGCCGCCGCUCGCUCGCUACCCCACGGUCUUAUAGGCCAGAGCUUCUCCUCGGUGGCGCCAAGGGAUGGCCGUGUCGACGUUUACCCAAAGGUGGGUCACUUUGCCACCUCUGCGAUGGCGGAGGGCGCGGCGCUGCUGUACGAGAUGCCGUCGCCGCAUGCGACGGAGUUUGCCUUCUCGCGCUUUGGCAAGCCCGAGGAGGUGGUUCUGAGAGAGGCCUUGGUGCGGGGGAACCGCGAAGCCGCUGCUGCUGAGAUCGCCGAGGGAGAGGCUGCGGACGAGGGUCGGGCCUAG